GUUGCACAUCGGCAAGGGGGUGCAGCUGGAGUGCAAGGGCGAGGGCGACGUGUGGGUGCGCUGCCUGAGCGACCACGCCGUGUUCGUGCAGAGCUACUACCUGGACAGGGAGGCGGGCCGUGCCCCGGGGGAUGCUGUGCACAAGAUCUACCCCAGCGCCUACAUCAAGGUGUUCGACCUGCGCCAGUGCCACCGCCAGAUGCAGCAGCAGGCGGCCACCGCGCAGGCCGCCGCUGCCGCGCAGGCUGCAGCCGUGGCCGGCAACAUCCCCGGGCCCGGCUCCGUGGGAGGCAUCGCCCCGGCCAUCAGUCUGUCGGCCGCGGCCGGCAUCGGCGUGGACGACCUGCGGCGGCUGUGCAUCCUGAGGAUGAGCUUCGUCAAGGGCUGGGGCCCCGACUACCCGCGGCAGAGCAUCAAGGAGACGCCGUGCUGGAUCGAGAUCCACCUGCACCGCGCGCUGCAGCUGCUGGACGAGGUGCUGCACACCAUGCCCAUCGCCGACCCGCAGCCCCUGGACUGACCCCGCCAGGCCGCCUUGUAACAUACCCCUCUGUUUAUAACCUGGAGAUAUAUUUUACUUCCCUUCUGCUUAAUCUUCUGAAAACAGGUUUUAAAAAUGUGUUUGCCGCCUUGCUCUUAGCAGAAAGCGUCUGAGCGUGCAGGGUUUGGAUUUCAGUUGUUUCCAGAACUCAGUAGUGAUAAUACAGGGCCUACAGUGGAAGGUAAACGAUUUAUAGAGACUUCACAGUGUUGGGUUUGUUCCCUUUGAAACUCUCCUUCCCUACGGUGGCAUCUUGGUGAUCAGCCUCACGGGAGCCUUUUGUAUGCAGAAUAUAUAUUAUAUAUAUAUUUAUAUCUGAAAAUUCCUUCUAGUAGUUAAAAACAUUUACCUUGUAGCGACUUUAAAAUUCCAACUGAUUUGUGAUGUUCUUUUUAGGGAACAGUAGUUAACAGAAGACUUCUUUAUUUUGUUGAUGAUUGUGUUACGAUUUUUCCAGGUUAAAGCCUAGCAGCUGCCAAAAAGUGCGGGGAUGACACAUACGUUGUUGGCAUUGAUCAAAAAAUUCUUUCGUUUUCAAAAGGAAAAAAGUCAUCCUAGAUUUUUAUUUCUGCUACCAUGUGAGUUGUAAAACACUAAAGGAAACGGAUAGUUUCAGUGCUGGCACUGGGUUUGAGGUGAGACCCCCAGCCCGCAGCGUUGCCACUGUGUGGGGCUGUGAGUGCCAGUGGCAGGAGCGUGUUUCCACCAUUGCUACUGACUUCUGUGGUUUCACCCCAACCCCGGCAUGUACCAUGGAAAAUCUGCAUGACUCCUUCCACUCGAGUGUCUACGGCAAUCCAUCGGCAUUUAGCACUGGGUUUUUGUAUCUGUUCACCAUUCCCACUCAGGGCAAGAUGGCAAACCUGUUUUUGUACCUCCUGGUUGUUUCGGCCCUGUGCCGUGGGCGAGUGGCGAUGCUGUGUGCAGGGAGCAGCUGCAGGGCACACACUCUCCUUCCCCUGGCUACAGCACCAAUAAAGGAUGGAAACCCA